GCAUAAUUUGGGAUCAAAGCAAAUAUAUCCGUACGUAAAUUCCAUUUCUGCCCCUUCGCCUUGGCCUUUUCUCUUGGGCAUUCCUGGUAUAAAAAGGGCUACAUGCUUCGCCUCUGCCAUACACAGCUGCAAUAUAACUAACGGCAGUGCUUCCUUUACUUAAUUGCUUCUAUUCGUUCUGGGUGAUCAUCGAUCAGCUGCCAGCCAUGGCUGUCUCGCCGACGACGAUCAACAAAACCAGCUGGUUUCUUUCUACGGUGGCGGUGAUGAGCGCUGUGACGGGGAUGUGUUUAUUAAUGGGUUCAGCGGCUGCUGAUCUUCCCCGUCUCCGGCAGCCACCCAAGGCCGACGGCUCCCUCAGCUUUCUGGUCGUCGGAGAUUGGGGAAGAAGAGGCCUUUUCAACCAAUCUCUUGUUGCUUCCCAGAUGGGAAUAAUCGGAGAGAAGCUGGACAUAGAUUUUGUAAUCUCUACGGGCGAUAAUUUUUACGAGAAUGGAUUGGUUGGCAUUCACGAUCUGCAAUUUGACGAGUCAUUUUCCAAAAUUUACACCGCGAAGAGCUUGCAAAAGCUGUGGUACAACGUUUUAGGUAACCAUGACUAUAGGGGUGACGUGGAGGCCCAAUUGAGCCCUAUACUUGCAAAAAUGGACAGCAGAUGGGUUUGCUUAAGAUCAUUUAUUCUCGACGCAGAAAUUGCAGAUUUUUUCUUCGUGGACACGACUCCUUUUGUUGACAAAUACUUCACACACCCCAAAGGCGAUGUCUAUGACUGGAGCGGCAUCUUACCUCGACAGAAUUACCUUUCAAACCUUCUUACUGAUUUGGAUUUGGCAUUGAAGGACUCGAAAGCAAAGUGGAAAAUCGUGGUGGGUCACCAUACAAUCAAAAGUGCUGGCAAACAUGGAAACACCCACGAGCUUGAAACGCAGCUUCUCCCAAUCCUUGAGGCAAAUGAUGUUGAUCUUUACAUCAACGGCCACGACCAUUGCUUGGAACACAUUAGCAGCUCUGACAGCGGAAUCCAAUUUUUGACGAGCGGAGGAGGGUCGAAGGCAUGGAGGGGAGGAACAAGCUGGUGGAAGCCGGAGGAAAUGAAGCUGUACUACGACGGUCAAGGGUUCAUGGGAGUGCACCUCGCUCCUUCCCACCUUCAUCUUCAAUUCUACGACGUGUUUGGAAGGGUUUUGCACCAGUGGAGUACUUCUUCCAAACGCCUUCCUAAUUACUACUCUGCUGCAAUAUAAUGUGGAUGCCUUAAUAGCAUUAUUUAACCCUUAAUUAAUUAAUUACGUGCAAUAUAUAUAUAUAUAUAUAUAUAUAUAUAUAUAUAUAUAUAUAUGUUGCCAAGAAGAAGCGUACAAUCCAAUCCCUUGCUAGGUCAUGUAUGGUUGGAGUAGGCUUUGCCAAUUGCGUCUACGCCAAAUUUAAGAUAUUUAAAUGAUUAGUUAAUGUGUAAGCUUUGCCAUUCUCAUAUUCCUCCCUCCUGUAUUUGCUUAAUUUCUUUUCUUUUUUUUUAUCAUGUUUUUAGAAUAAGAUUGGGAAUUGUGAGUCAAUGAUCUUUCAUUUGAAUUUGUAUUAUAUUUGAAUAUAAUAUAAUAUAAUUUGUAUUGAAAUUUGUUUAAA